CCAGUACCACCACAGUCGAUUCAACAACAUUCACUUCUGUAUCAAUGACCACUAAAGAUGUUUCAACAACAUUUACCACUACUACUUUUAAAAGCACCACAUUGGCUAUAACAAGUACAACAGCUCCACUUAUCUCCACAACAUCCAAGACUGAGAGCACAUCUACAAUCCCUGUUACAACCAAGUCUGACAAAUGCUGCGAAUGUUGUUCGUCCUUCAUACAAAAAGAUUUUACAAAUGGUCCAUCUUCAACAGCAUGUGUAACGAUUGCAACUUCAAAACAACCUUCAACUUCAACAACUGCAGUAAUAACAACAGCUCCACCAAAAACUCCAACAUCAAACCCAAAUAUUACAACAACAAAGGAAACUACAGUUAGAGAGAUGAUUUUCAGAUCUCAUAAAGAGACAUUCACCAAUGAUUUGCUGAAUUCAUCAUCCCCUGAAUUUGUGAAACGAAGUGCACUGUUGAAGUCCACGGUAAGUUUAAUCCUUUAAUUCUUUAUAAAGGAAUUUUUAAAUUAAAAUGUUUUAAAAUACCUUACAGCUCAUUUCUAUAAAUACAACAUUUCAGAAGAAACUCUCAAAGUUUCAACAUUUUUUUGAAAAAUAAGUCCAGAAAAGAUCUGAUAGCAAUUGAAGAUUUUUGUAGUUUUGGUAAGCUGAAAGCAUCCUGUUCAGGAGACACAGCACAAAGGAGAUUGAUUGACAAUGGUCUAUAACUAGAGUGUAAAACAGUGCAUAGGAAAAAAAAAAUAAUAUAUAUAUAGAUAUAUAUAUCUAUAUAUAUAUAUUCUGUCCAGUCCAACAAGAAAUUCAUAAAAUAUUACUAAAUUUAGCCUCAUACAAAAGGGAUUAUACAAAUAUACAAGCCAUGUGUCCGAAGAUUAAUAACUGCUUAUUGUAACAGUAUAAUCUGUCCAACACAAGAGGUCUUCAGCUUGUAUAUAUUUACUUAGCUGCUGGAAAUGACAAGUUUAUUAAAAAAAAGAAAAAAGCAAUGGAAAUAUCAACAUAACUGUGAGACAGCAAAAAGUGUACUACAAUGUACUGAAGGGCCACUGUAUUUAUGUAAUUAGACACAUUAUUUACACUAAAAUACUUUUUUUUUCCCUCUUUCUACAGCUUGAGCCGAUCUACAAAAAAGAAUUUUCCUCGUUUCGUUCUUUGACGGUUGUUUCAUUCAGGUACAUUUUCACAGCACUCUUAACAAAAUUAUGAAAAAGUCUUUCAUAAAUUUGUACAGAUGAUUUUAUUUUGUUACUUUUGCAGGAAUGGCUCAAUCAUCAACACCAUAUAUCUUGUUUUUGAUUUGUUAUCAGCUCCUGGAAACACUGAUAUUAUAAAUGUUUUAGCUAGAGCUUCCCUAAACAUUGCAAACUUCAGUGUUGAUUUGAAUUAUAUAAUUGUCAAUGGCACAGUACUCACAACUCAAGCCCCAACAACAACUGUUGAGAAAACAACAAAAACAGCUCCUUCUUCUGACACCGGGGCCACUACUAUUUCAACAUCAACAAAACCUUUCCUCUCAACUGCUUUACCAGAAAGUACAACUCCAAUUACAACCACAGCCCCUUCAAAGAAUACUACAAUUCCAACAACAACUGAGGUUCCUACAAUCAUUUUUACUGUGAUAGCGACUUUCACAGAGCCAUUUGUGCCAGCCCUAACAAACAGAUCAAGUCCAGAGUUUAAGGUUCUUGAGGCAAAAGCUGUGGCUUUGUACGAAGAUAUCUUCAGGACACAAUUUGGAGAUCGCUUCCUGCGUACUUUUGUGAUUGCGUUUGUAGAAAAAGUGUUAUUGACGAGAGCGUCCAACACUGAAGCUCAGAUGCAAAUAGAGUUCAAAAAGAAUACAACGGAUGGGACUGCGAUAACUGUCGAAUCUGUAGCACAGGCUUUUAAAGAUGGCUUAGCAAACGCCAGCACACUCUUUAACCUAACUGUUGAUCCUGACAGCGUUCAAGUAACAGGACCAAUAUCAACCACAACAGCUCCCACUUCAAAUGUGACCGUAUCAAGUGCUACUGUCACUGCAACAACUUCUCUUAACACUUUAACUACCGAUACUACAACAACAAAACCUUCAACUGCUUCAACAACAAAAGCUUCAACUGCUUCAACAGCAAAACCUUCAACUGCUUCAACAACAAAACCUUCAACUACAUCAACCCCAGGUCCAGUUCCAGGAAUUACUGAGGCAACAACAGCAAAAAGAUUGAGCUUUAGGUCUUUGGAGACUUUCACAUUGGAUCUGCUAGAUCCAUUAUCUGCUGCAUUUCAAAGUCGAACUUCUUUGUUGAAGUCCACUUUGGAACCAUUCUAUCAAAGACAAUUUUCCUCGUUUCGUGGUUUGACUGUCAUUUCGUUCAGGAAUGGAUCAAUCAUCAACACCCUGGAAUUUCGAUUUCUUUCAACAUCAGUGCCUACUGGCUCCCAAAUCGCAAAUGUGUUGAUAUCAGCAGCAUCUCAAAUUACAGCUUUCACCAUUGACACCACCUCUAUAACUGUGGAUGGUGAAAUAUUUUCAGAUGGAGCAAGAAACAACAUCAAUCUUUUCACUGCCAUCUGUACGGUGUUGUUGGCAUGGCUACUGUCAAGUCAGCGGUGGCAUUUCUGUUGAUGCUCGUGGGAGCUCCUGGAUGAAAGAUUGAACAAGGACAGUGAUCCAAGGGUAUGAAGAAGGACUUUGUUUGGAAGUAGCAACCAAAAAACCCUUCUGAUGAACUGAGAUGGAACUAACACAGCCCUGAUAUAAACAAACUUGUUCUAAUUUUAUAUUUUAUUUAUCUUUAUUGAAACACUUUGGAAUGUUAUUACCAUUAAAACCAAAAUCUGCACUAAAAGACAAAAUCUUAGUAGUAAUUGCAAUAUUGUAGUUCUGCAUUUUGCAGCCAUGAGCACAAGAGACUGAGAGUUUACAUAGUGUGUUUGCACAAGGUUAAUAAAUUAUUGUGUUUAAUUUAUACCUAUAUUAGGAGAACAUGAAGGAAAAGUCUUAGAUAGUACAGGGAUAUGAAUUAUUUUGCUUAUACAUUUACGAGAUUUUGCAACAACAAUAAAAUGGAACACAAGAUGUAAACAAGAUGCAAAAUAAUAAAAAGAAAUCUGACUUCUAAUGAAAAACUUUACUAAACAUUGUUAAUUUAUUUAAUUUUGUUGUGUCACAAGUUGGGUGUAAAGAUAGGAUUUAUUGAUGUGUUUAGAUGUAUAGAAUACAAGAUGUUGUUUCUGCUUGUAAAAAUAAUAAAAGUAAAAUAUGAUUCAUCAAAAGGUGUCGUGUGUUAGUGGUAUCAUUCUUAUACAUAGGGUUUUUCUUUUUGCCAAAGAAAUGGAAUAAGAAAUAGUUCAUCUUAGCAUGUUUGAGUUACUGGUCUGCAAUCAUUCUUGGAUGGUUUUGUGUCUGUCAUGACGGGCAGCCAUCUGCUGUUUUUCAUGAGUGAGGCCCACAAACUUGUCAGGACUGUUCAAGAGGCCAGGCACCCGUCAGUUUAGUUGGGGUCCCCAGAAGAGAGCGUUCACAAAGCGUGACAGCGAGUUGGGUUUGGUUCAUGGUGUUGCUGCGUCACCUUUUGGCACAUCCCAUCAGGUGUCGCCGCAGCGCGCAAGAGGUUUGGUAGAGUUUUACAUCGGAUGCCCUUCCAAACUCAAUCUUGUAUUUUAUUGGGGCUGUUCUUUACGUUUUUUAUUUUGUUUUUCUCUGGUUUUUGUACAUGUAUUUCCUUCCUGUUGUCGUCCCUUGUCUAAGGUCCAUCCAGGGUACUGGCAGCAUUUGAUGGACCUGCCUGUGAUCAUUAAAGGCAGUACGACCUGAGAAUUGAUUGGAUUUUUUGCCCAUUAGCACAAUCAUUUCAACCCUCAAACUUCUUGCAUGUACACAAAUGUUGCUCUUCACCUUUUGGCGCCACAGCAAAUCAGCUUCAGGCAGAGAGAUUUUUUUUGUAUUUUAUCCAGAGAGUUCCAGACUUAGGUCUGUGGCUAAAUAGUUAGGCGGUUAGGUGAAUGGUUUCACAUAAGAAAACCGGAUAAAACUUGUUGGGAAGCCAACCCCUUUUUUCUGUGUGCCAACCAACUUAGCCAUCCAGCCAGGGCCUGAGCAUAGGCGACCAUCUGCCAGAGGGGGCGCCAAAUCCCAGUCAAUACAGCCUAUAUUUCUGUUUUUCUUUCUUUAUUUUUUUUUUGCUGUUUUUUUAAUUUUUAAACAGUUUGACAAAUCACUUAUUUAAUGUCAAAAUAAAACAGUACUAAUUAAAGAAAGAAAAAAUAAAUAAUUAAAUAAAAUAACACAAUAAAUUUGCCCAGCAUGACCCCUUCUUAUCUGACGGGGUCUAACUGAGGGUCACUGUUAGUGCUUCUUUAAAACAUUAGGGAUGAAUAAGCAGCAGAAGACCUCAGGGAAAGUUUUAUCCCUUGUGCUAUCCGAGGCAUGUUUACAUUAAAAGUGGGGUCAUCUGGACCCCAUAAGAGAGCACAAGGGAAAAUGAGGAGGAAAACAAGGUCAAAGCAAAGGUUUGACUGAUCGAUUUGCUUUAAGUAAUUUACCUGGAAAUUCUUCACACACCCCCGUAUUUCGGUCAAAAAAUACUUAUGUUUUUGGUCGAAAAAGACUAAUUUAACUGGCGAUCUAGAUUUUUUUUUUUUUUAUUAAAAGCUUUAAACCUUUAACAACUGGAGAGGAAUCUGUCAAAACCUGCUAUACCAUCUGACAAACCGGAACUCCUGACACAUCAACGUGAAUCAGCAAAGAGCGCUGUACAGGUCAGGGCCGGGACUGCAUCCAGCAUUCAACAGCACAAAAAUUCAUUACAUAUGAAGACUGCUACCACAGUUUUAAAUGUACAUAAAUGCAAAAACGUGUGUGUAUGAACACAAUUGGUUGAAGGGUGAGCAG